GUCUUUGUCUACCAGUGAUGGACGAGGAGGAGCUCACAGUCCACCACCAGCGGGCGGGACAGGAUGAUGGGAGCAUUGGAAGAGGCACCGCCACCAUGAAGAGAUGUGCGCCAGGAGGCGGGGCAGCCUCCUCCUUUGCGCGCAAAAACUCCAACAACAAUGAGCUCUUGCCUCUUCGGGACCACUGCCCAGAUUCCUUCAGUACACCUUCCUCUCGGCUCUUCCAGUGGGAUGCUCCACAGUGCGAGAGCGGUGGGGGCUCUGUGCCAGAGGCUGCCGUGCUAGGACGCGAAGCCGGCGGCAUGAUAUGCAACAAGAACGGAGACUGCCGAAGAGAGCCGACCAGCUCCGGGAGUCUCUCCUCGCUCAUAUCUAGACAGGAAAAGCACGUUGAUGGGGGGGUAGAAGCCACCGAGGGCGGCAAGGCUGCAAGCAUGGACGGCUCUGUGGUGUCAGCGGGGUCUCCACUCCAGGGGGCCGAGGUCAAGAGCGCCUCGGCGGGGAUGGAGAAGAAGGACUCCAGGGUGUCUUUCUCCAACGCGCCUACGGGUAAAGGGCACACCCCAAGUCAGCAGUCCAGGAGCUCCAGAGCGGACGACGGCUCACAGAUAGUGGCGGAUGAUGGUGACUCCAAUCGGAACCAAACCUACAUGCAGCGGCAGUUCACCGCCAUGCUGCAGCCAGGGGUCAACAAAUUCUCCCUGCGCAUGUUCGGCAGCCAGAAGGCGGUGGAGAAGGAGCAAGAGAGGGUCAAGUCCGCGGGGAACUGGAUCAUCCACCCUUACAGUGACUUCAGGUUUUACUGGGACUUCACCAUGCUCAUGUUCAUGGUGGGAAACCUGAUCAUCAUCCCUGUGGGCAUCACCUUCUUCAAGGACGAGACCACCACCCCUUGGAUCAUCUUCAACGUAGUGUCGGACACCUUUUUCCUCAUAGACCUGGUGCUCAACUUCAGGACGGGCAUCGUAUUCGAGGACAACACCGAGAUCAUCCUGGACCCCAAGAUGAUCAAGAAGAAGUACUUGCAGAGCUGGUUCGUGGUGGACUUUGUCUCCUCCAUACCGGUGGAUUAUAUCUUCCUCAUCGUGGAGAAGGGCAUCGACUCGGAGAUGUACAAGACGGCCCGGGCGCUCCGCAUUGUGCGAUUCACUAAAAUCCUCAGCCUGCUGCGCCUGCUCAGACUGUCCAGGCUCAUCCGCUACAUCCACCAGUGGGAAGAGAUCUUCCACAUGACCUACGACCUGGCCAGCGCUGUGAUGCGAAUAUUCAACCUGAUCGCGAUGAUGCUGCUGUUGUGUCACUGGGACGGCUGUUUGCAGUUUUUGGUGCCCAUGCUGCAGGACUUCCCCUCCGACUGCUGGGUGUCCCUCAACAAGAUGGUGAACGACACCUGGAGUGAGCUCUACUCCUUCGCUCUCUUCAAGGCCAUGAGUCACAUGCUGUGCAUCGGCUAUGGACGACAAGCCCCCGAGAGCAUGUCUGAUAUCUGGCUCACCAUGCUCAGUAUGAUCGUGGGGGCCACCUGCUAUGCCAUGUUCAUCGGACACGCCACCGCGCUCAUCCAGUCUCUGGACUCAUCCAGGCGGCAGUACCAGGAGAAGUACAAACAAGUGGAGCAGUACAUGUCAUUCCACAAGCUGCCUGCAGACUUCCGCCAGAAGAUCCACGACUACUACGAGCACAGAUACCAGGGCAAGAUGUUUGAUGAGGAGAGCAUCCUGGAAGAGCUUAAUGAGCCUCUGCGAGAGGAAAUUGUCAACUUCAACUGCCGCAAGCUGGUGGCAUCCAUGCCGCUGUUUGCCAACGCCGACCCCAACUUUGUGACGGCCAUGCUGACCAAGCUGAGGUUCGAGGUCUUCCAGCCGAGUGACUACAUCGUGCGAGAGGGCACCAUUGGCAAGAAGAUGUAUUUCAUCCAGCACGGCGUGGUCACCGUGCUGACCAAAGGCAGCGUGGGCAUGAAGCUGAUUGACGGCUCCUACUUUGGAGAGAUCUGUCUACUGACUCGAGGCCGACGGACGGCCAGCGUGCGAUCAGACACCUACUGCCGCCUGUACUCGCUCUCUGUGGACAAUUUCAAUGAGGUUCUGGAGGAGUAUCCCAUGAUGAGGCGGGCCUUUGAGACCGUCGCCAUUGACAGACUGGACAGGAUAGGCAAGAAGAACUCCGUCCUGAUGCACAAAGUCCAACACGAUCUCAACUCGGGAGUGUUCAACAACCGCGAGAACGAGAUGAUCCAGGAGAUCGUUAAAUACGAUCGAGAGAUGGUUCAGCAGGUGGAUGUACCGCGACCGCAGCCUCCACUUUCCAUGACACCCCCUCUCCUGCCGGGAUCCUCUCUGCAGCCGGCAAAUUCUGCAAUUGCCACCCUGCAGCAGGCUGUAGCCAUGAACCUUUGCCCACAAGUGCAAGGGAAGUCUCCCAGGAUGGUCAGGAGAUUCCAGGUGAUGCAAAACCUAUCAAGCUCAGCAUCGCCAUUGCAGUCUCAGCUCCUUAGUUCGGGUGCCUUUGCUCCAGUCCUAUCCAGCCCUCCUGUGCAGAGCCCCAGUGCAGUUGGAGGACGUUCCUCCCCUUACGGAUCCAGCUCCCUGGCUGGUCCCACCACAGGUUCCCAGCUGUCUUUGGUUCAGCAGCACAUCCCGAGCCCUGCGCAUCGACCAAGCACUCAUAAGAGCACCCAUUCCUUACCGAUUGAGAGUCUUAGCCAGGAUUGCAGGGCGCUAUCGGCCUCUCAACCCUCACUGCCACACGAAGGGAUGAACCCAGGAGCACCGAGUCCUCCACAGUCCACACGAGUCUCCUCUACUUCCAUUGGACCAGCUCAGACCCCAUCAGGUCAUGUAGGUGUCCGCAGUGCGAUACCCCACAGAAUUGUGCUGCCCCACCGGAUGUCUGUAGGAGCCUUACCUGUAGCAUCCACACCCAGCUCCACACAGGGAUUUGGGAUGGGUGCAGGGUUUGCAUUACUUCCUGGGGAGUCGGUUCUACCGAAGAAGGACUCCAUUGGGAGCCUUCCUGAGACAGAGCAGAUUAAAGUCCGAUCCAGAUUACCCUCAAAUUUGUGAGUCCACAAAGGGAUUCACAUCAGCAAGAAGAGCUGCUCCCGUUCUUGCAGAUUCUCCAGUUGGAGAAGGUGAAUGUAUAGCAGGAGAGUAGACCCGAAUGGGUUUUAAUGUACUAUGGAAUAUACUACAUUGAGUUGUUUCUACUCAGAACAUUAGAAGCAGAGUAGCAUCUUCCCAAAUUUGCCUCCUUUAUGUACUGUAGUUCACAAUGUAUGCCUAACUACUACACUUUGUAUGAUAGUGGUCUAGAAUAAUAGCAGGAACCUGCAUCUGAUGUCUCUAGCUUUAAACCCCAUUGUACCAUAGGGACGUUUCUCCUUAGCAUACCCUAUAUACAGGUAGGUCCAUCCUCUACGCUGCUCAUUUGUAAGUGCAAUGAUCGAUUAUAAAUUAACAUGACCCAUUUUCAACCCAGACUGCCAUGAUAAUAGUUAGAAACUGCAUUUUCCUUUUCCAUCUUUGGCUUAAUUUGCAGGACUUCUCCCAAAUUACAUCAGAACCUUAUAGUCAUGUAAUUCGGAAUUCGACCAAACUUUGCGAAAGUCACACACUUCAGCAUUUCAAUCACUGUCGCUCAAGACAUCAAUGUAUCAGUAAACAAAUUUGCAUUCAAAGCAACACACCAAGUUUAAAUUUGCAACAGUUUUGAUUGUUUAUAUUUCUUGAUAACAUUAUUCCUAUGCAGUUAAUAAAGGUUUUAUGAUGGAGACA